AUGAAAAGUGGUUGCUCCGAGAAAACAAGUCCUUAAUUUCCAUCUUCAUUUCAAUGAUAGCUACAAGUUGGGCUAUCGGCAUAGGAUUCCUUGUGAUGAAUACUUUCCAAAGCCUUCUUGUAUCGAAGCUAACCUUAAGAAAAGCCAAGCCUGUAGCUGAUACGAUGAUGGAUUUCGUGAAAAGAAAAAAUGCUAUAGGCAUUGCGCCGGUGGAAAUAAUGCUGCAGGAUAUCCUUUCAAAUUCUAGUAUACCAGUUUACGAAAAGGCCUGGGAGAAAAUAGCACCGAACUUAUUACCAGCAAAAGAAGUGUUUCAACCCCAGGUGCUCUUGGAUGUAGAAGCUGGAAAAUAUUGUAUUUUUCAUGGCCAUCUUAUUCUCAAGAAUGUAUUGCGAGGGUUCUUUCAGAAAAGAACUACGUGUAACUUUCAUCUCUCAGAAAAGUAUUUCUAUCCGUUUUCAUUACCGAUUAUUAUGAGUAACAAACUGCCAAGAUCAUUUCAUGAGGAAUUCAACAGGAAAUUUACACGUCUGGUAGAUGCAGAUAUAUCCGGUAAAUGGUUAAAAGCUGAUCAGCAGAUAGCAUCUUUAUGUACUAGCUACAGUGAAAAUGAUUUAUAUGCUCUGGGUUUACAGCAUAUCUAUGGAGUACUUCUUUUAUGGGCAGCUGGAUUAUUUAUUUCUUUCAUUGCCCUGAUCUGCGAAAUUAUGCACAAAAGGCAAGAAUUGAAAUUGCAGAAUAAAUUUUCAUAAGUAAAAAGAAACGCUUCAGAAUGUGUAAAGUCCAUUUUGAUGAAACUCACAAUGUAAAAAGGAAGUUUAUGAUAUAAAUGCAUUUAAUAGA